AUGUCGGGAUAUCAGAACAAGAAGAGGAAGCAGGACUUCCAGCAGCCUCAACAGCAACAUCAGAGUGCCGACGAUGAGGUCGAUACUUCGAGACCGUCAGCUGUGUUUACACCUACAGGUGGUCGCCAACACACACUGACUAUUGCGCUCCCUGGAAGCGUGAUUGCAAAGCACUGCAAUAAGACUACCGCUCUAAUCUGUUUUGCUUCAUUUGGCGCCUCAACCUCCAACACGAUUUCUUGCCCUAAAACUCUUAUCGCANGUGCUCAAUCACAUGAUCUCAAAACAAUGAUGGCCGCCCAGGUGGCGCGAGCCUGUGCCGUAUUCCAGGUCGACGAGAUUGUCGUCUUCAAUGACGGCCAAUCGCAAGCCGGAGCUCGGCCUCGGAAAGGAUUCGAAGGAGACGGCUACACGGGAUACUCGGACCCUGACGACUUCCUCUACCAUGUCCUAAGCUACCUGGAAACACCCCCACAUCUCAGGAAGACGCUGUUCCCUAUGCACCCCAACCUUAGAACCGCUGGAGCAAUGCCGAGCUUGGAUAUGCCGCAUCACCUCCGCGCCAAUGAAUGGUGUCAGUACCGCGAGGGUGUGACUAUGGGGGCGGAUGCAGCACUCGCAGAGCCGCACAGCAAGCGCAGUAAAGGGCACGCCGUCUCAACUCUAGUUGAUUGCGGUCUGCCUGUGAAGACGCGUAUUCCAGUCGAAGUACCUCCCGGAUCUCGCGUCACAGUCAAGUUUGCGUCUGCCGGUGAGCCUCAGAUGGAUGGAUAUACUCCGCUGGACGCCGAGGCCGUCUCCCCUGAUACACCGAGAGAGGAGACCGGCUACUAUUGGGGCUACUCGACAAGGAUGGCAUCCUCCCUGUCGGCAGUAUUUACGGAGUGUCCCUAUGAUGGUGGCUACGAUAUCAGCUUCGGUACAUCUGAGCGUGGUAUCACACUGGCGUCUCUUCUCAACGCUUCGGGCAACAGCUCCGAAGUGCCACCAGUCCCGACCCAAUGGAGGCAUAUGGUUAUUGUUUUCGGCGGCGUGGCAGGUCUAGAAGUCGCGUUGAAAGCGGACAAGAAUCUAACGUCCAAGGGCGUGACAGAGGCCAAAGACGUGUUCGAUUAUUGGGUCAAUCUCGUUCCUCAGCAAGGAAGCAGGACAAUCCGUACAGAAGAAGCGGUUUGGCUGGGGUUGAUGGGACUGCGUACAGUGGUGCAGGACCGACAGGAAGCGGUGUGA